AUGGUCAGUUUUCUUUUUACUCAAAAUCCUUAUUUUUCACGCAGAUAUCGCAUUGUUUGUAGAACUUAGACGUGCUGCACUGGAACCUGGUAACUAAGCUGCUAGUCGGCAACCUAUUUAACUAAAGAUUCGCAGAUUUUGUUCGAUAAGUGUCUGUUGACUAAUCGACCAUUAAUUUUGAUAGUAGAAAUGAAACAGAAAAUACAAAGUUGCUGAACAUUGAUAAAAGGACGGUGAAGUAUAGAGAAUUUAGUUCUUAAUAAUAACUAAGGUGUUCGGGUAACGAGGAUUUAUGUAAUUUAUUCUGAUCCGUGUAACACCUCAGGUGCGAAUGUUGGUCAGGUUCAAGUGUUUCUUCCCAUUUCUCUCGGUGCGUUCGGCUGCCAGUUGUCCGUGCAGUCGGAUCCACAAAUUGUUCUCGUUUUUUUCCUUUUAUGUAGACCACGGCGGUGUUUUGGCGUUUGGGCAAGUGCCCUUUAACUCGGUCACGGCGAUAAAGUAUAACUUAUGAUUUCUGAGCCAUCUUCCAAAUGAGAUUACAAGAGUUCAGAAACCCUUUCUGGAUGCUUCACAAAUAGGAAUUGCUUUCAUGUGGCACAGGAGUGUUCAAAAGGUCAGUCUGGGAAUUUUUUAGUUGAAGACGUCGUGAGGCAAAUCUUUGGUAACGAUGGGGGUGAAAGACCUCACUUAACUCUCAGUAGACUGUUAACCGUGUCAAAUGGGGUUUUAUCUUGCCGUCCAUUUGUCAGCCGUUACAGGCAUUACACUAUCAACAAUAAUUGCUUCCCAUGACACCAAACCAUUACCCAAACUCCGUUAUUUUUUGAAAAUUUGCUUUUUGUUUAUUUUUUAGUUAACGCGCUCCUUCCUGUUGUCAUACGAAAGCGUACCACUAGAUUUUCGGCAAAAGUCCAAAAAAUUUCUGCAUUUCCUUGCAUUUUGUCAGCUUUCUGUCUGGCAGGCUGCGUUGCUUGCGAAACCUCCAUUACGCCCAUUCACGCAUGACACGAUCCACCGUUUACCGACAGUUAAGUGGAGUCCUUCAUCCUACCGUUGCCCAGUCUUUGUCAACGAGACAGGAUUCAUGAACUAAUACGGUCGGUUCCAUAGCUGGCAUAGAAGCUGCCCUCUUCUAUCAGCGGUUCUUCUAAGUUAUUUGUCACAGUCUAUGGAGGCGAGACACACAGAAAGAAAACUGUACUUACUGCAGAAGGAGCUAAAAAAGCUUCUACGCGUAGUCUGAAUUGUGCUUUCACCGUUUUUAGUCUAUCGUCAGCACACGAAUGGGAAAUCAUGCCAUAGAAUAAACACAGUCAGCAAUGCUGGCGAGCCCAUUUGUAUGCGAAUAAAAGGCCUACGUUUGGUCAGCUUUCCUCUCAAGCCACCUAAUGCCCGGUGGAACAGUGAAGAAUGAAUACUUUAGAUGACUUGCCGAUAAGUGGUGAAAAUAGUUCAUAGCCUUCUUAGAAAACUACAGUAGAAGGCCCUGGCGUCUCUUCGUUAUGAUCCAAUGCAAGUGAAGAAAUGCACAGGAUUUUAGACAAAUGGUACUAGAGUACCACACACUACUUCCAACCAGAAAAUUUAUCCUACGGGCCGCUUGAAAAUUCUAGUCCACCUUGAAUUUACUGUCCAUUUGCGGGACGUCUAGUCAUAUCGAGUUCACGAAAUCUGCACAUGACAAAUAUAUGAGAAAAACCGCAAAAAAAUAAUGGAUAACGCGAGUAGCGAUGGCUCAAAAUCUCAUGAAUAUGGAACACUGUCGAUCAUUUAAGUUACAGAUUUCUGGACAGGACUGGAUUUAAUAUAAUGAAACAUUGGUCGCUGAGAAAGCACCAGCCUUCUAACAUGAUUUUCGCUGAUGUGUCUGUUCAUUUUAGUACGACAUAUAAUUUCUAAGGUAUGCUUCCAUGAUAUCAAAAAUAGUCUUUGGGCCUUUUUUAGCUGGCAAAACCUCUUGUGCUGAGCGUGCUUGCUAAUCAGUAUCUAACCCUACAAACCUUUUUGCUUGGUUGUGGAAUUUAACAGUAUUUUUAUUCUCAACGGCAGUGCGGCCUAGGUUGUCGCAAUAAAUAGACUAGGCCUCCGAGGUUAUACACAGACGAAAACGAUAGGUCAAUCCACUUGUUUCAACAAAGAUGUUCGGUGGCGAUAUUAUGUCGACCGAGGUGUUCGCCCUGGAGUCUGGGCGUUAGGAUGCAGAACAAAGCAGUCAUAAUGCCAAUCAGAGCCUUACGCCAACGCGCAGAGUGGACGGUCUGAGUACUUGGCACAGAUCCAAUAAACCACACAACGACGAUUGUUGAUCUCAUCCCCGGCUUACAGUUACUUCCUUCAGGCUGACUGUUUUUACGAGCCUUCAUACUUUUUCAUUACAACCAUCUUUUAAUUUAUCCUUGGUGGCAUAUUUCGUGCGUUGUCAAUAGUCUGUUCCUAAAUUGUUAUAAAUACUAGUGUUUCAUAAAACUGACAAUAUAAAUUCUAAAGUGAAGGCGCUAAUACCAUUCAACCUAAUAGCAAUGAGAAUGAAAAGCUGGAGAAUGAGCCACAUUUGUCCCUCGCCAGUUAUGAAGGAGAUGAAUAAUUUGCUCUCGAGUCUUGGGCUUUUGAAACCUAUGUUUGACUUACCAUGGCAAAUUACCUUAACAUACACUAUCAACUACGUCUCAAUGUGACUCAAGCAUUCCAAAUUAUUGGCCGUUUGCAAUACAGGAAGUUGGAAUCGCGAAAAUAUCCCCUAAGCUAACUUAUUAUCGGCCUUUGUGAUGUAAUUUUUGUUUGGCCAUUCAAAAAAUGCGAGCCCUCUUCAUGGCGCAGGUAUGUUUUUGCUCCCGUUUCAUAUAAAGACCUUUGGACCUAAAUCUCCGCAAGCGAAAAAGAGGCAAUUCGGUCCGGUUUCACUCCCACAGGAGGCCUUGCAACCGACGACGGUGCCCAUUCUACCUUUCUGUCCUUUGCCGGACAAAUGCAGCCCAGGGGAGUUGAUGCCUCGGCCCUGUACGACCAGCCUCCUGUCCACGCUUCCGCCUGGAGUUUCGACUAAUCCCGUUGCAAGAAGCAGACACCUUCUUAGGCCUUGUAGCCAGACCGCCUCGCGGUACCAGGAAGUACAAAGGAAGUCCGGUGAUUUCCGCUCGGCAAGCCAUAAGCCGCCUUCUUUGCUCGGAAUCACUGGCAUCGGUGGUACUGCCAUUGGGCCAAAAGAUAGUUCCUCUCUCUGGCAGCCCUGCACCAUCAAGCCAGUUGAAUUUCCUGCCUUCUUCGCUACCGAUAUUCACAGUGCUUGCUGUCGUCGGAGACACUCUAACUUGGAUCGCGAGCCGUCUCGUCUGGAAACCCGUGAGACUGCAGGGGCAGGUAGGACACUAACCAGAAAACUUGCUCAUACUAAAAAACGCGGUUUGUGUUGGGGAUUGUGCGCGGUGAUUAGUGGCACGCACUCUUUAACAUAUAUGUACCAAAUGACUUUAAAAAACUAACUGGGGGUAGCCAUAAAUUUGUCUUUUGCACGAUACGAAGCUACGCCGGAGGUAACACGGAUUUUACUUCAUUACGUCGAUCAUUAGCAUCUGAGGCUUAGGAGAAAAGGCUUAGUGUUUGCGUUUAGCAAAACCAUUUCUGAUUUCACAGAAAAAUUACGUAACCCACGAUUGAGGGGAUAACACAAUUGUUCUCUCAAAGAAUUACUUAUUUACCCUGACAUCGAUUCGAAUAUUAGCAAGCGUAAUGUCACCUAACCUUUUUGCUCACAAUGAUUUAACCGGCUGUUAACUCGCACGGCGAAGUAUAUCAUCUCCAUCUUCGAAAUGCGCGCAGUCCGAAGAAGACCCAUUUUUACGAGAUUUUUCAUCUCGACUUUCAUUAACCUCGAUCUAUCUCAGCUUAAUUACACAGAAAGAAUAGAUAAACUUAUCUUGUAGGAUAUGCUUGGCUUUCGAGAAUUUGUCGAAUAAGGCUUAACAUUUGUGGGCUCUUACUGGCCAAAGGAUUUUGUCUGUCUGUUAUUAAGUUUUUAGGUCGGUUUAAAGUCUAAACCAUGUUUGAACGCAGUUUGUAGAAGUCGUCGUCAUCGCAAUCAAGUAACGUAUCUCGAAGCUCUUUUACGUCAUUCAAAACAAAACCUUUUAGGGUGUAUAAAGUGCCCUGCUGGUAGUGCUACUGGUAAGCCUAAGCGGGAAGACUCUCAUUGGGUGUAGUUAAGGCUCGUGUCUGCUAAACGUCACCGUCACAAACUCGAACAUAAGGAAUGAGGGCGUUUAUUCAGAAUCCUUUCAAAGACAUCAGAUCAUUUUGUUAUGGAGACCGACGGAGGAAUAAGAAUUCCCCGUCGGCCAUACAGGUAGUCUUGCGCUAAAUUCCAGAAAAGGUACAUAUUUACGUGUCCUAUCCCUAACACUGCCCUAACCAAAACCUUAACCCUGACCCUGACCAUAACCCCACAGUAAACCCUUAUCCCAACCCUCAACUUAACCCUAUCCCUAAUCUUCCCGGAAAUUAGCGCAAGGCCAUCUGUAUCUCGGCGGGAGUUCCUGUUCCCAGGUCUUUUCGUUUUUACAAGAAUAACACUCAAGAUUAAGUGAUUUUACCUAUACAGCUUUAUUGAUACUCGCCGCAUAUUUCCCUUAGAAGUAGACUUAUUAGCUUUAGUCGUUGCAACACCUCUCUAAGCGGUUAGCUAGUAUCCAUCUUGGGUGUAUGGUCAAAAUCCCUACGUCGUGGAAAUUUCAGGAAAUCAUCUGUAGUCCCCCUGUUUACUGAUUAGGACUUUUAUAUCUCUGUUCGUGCAUGACGCCUCUUUGCUCCUCUCUUUUCAAAACAGGAAAAGAGCCAGCCGGCUUGAAUUGUGGAAGGUAG